AUGCAGGGAAAAAUUUUCUACAUUUUGGCACUUUCUGCUUUUUUUUCAAUAAUAUGUUACACUAUAUUUUCAUUCCACAGCAACGGCAGUUUUAUGAGACUUCCUUUCGUACCACAAGGUGUGUUGGAAAGAAACCGGACCCCUUUUAGAAAGAUUAUGGAGCAUGUUUGGACAACUCACACCUCAGACGUCCGCCAUAAAACAACAAGUAGACAUUUGGAUGUGUGCCCUGACACCCCUCCAACUCUUGUGGGUCCACUUCUUGUUGAGUUCGAAACCAAACGCACUCUGGAGAGUGUCAGGAAUCAUGUUGGGUCUUCACUUCGCCAGGGAGGACGAUAUAAACCCCCAAACUACAUUUCAAAGCAGAAGGUGGCGAUCAUAAUCCCAUUCCGAAAUCGUUACGAACACCUUAACCACUGGCUUUAUUAUGUCCAUCCGAUCCUGAUGCACCAACAGUUGGACUACGGCGUUUACAUCAUCAACCAGGAGGGAGACGGAGUGUUUAACCGGGCUAAACUGAUGAAUAUAGGAUUUGUUGAAGCACUACGUGAAUACGGUUAUGAGUGUUUUGCCUUUGCUGAUGUAGACCUGGUACCCAUAGACGAUAGAAACCUCUACAGAUGUUCUGAACAUCCAAGACAUUUGUCAGUGGCUAUAGACAAAUUUAACUAUGUAUUAUCUUCAGUAACGGCCUUCGGUGGGGUCUCCUUACUGUCAGAGGAGCAGUUCUUGAAGGUCAACGGCUUCUCAAACACUUUCUGGGGCUGGGGUGGUGAGGAUGACGAUCUCUACAAUAGAAUCAUCUUUCGAGGAAUGUCUAUAUCACGGCCAGACGCCAAAAUUGCAAAAUACAAGAUGAUCAAACAUAAAAGAGACUUACACAAUGAGGUAAAUCCAAAGAAUGCUAUCAAAGCAAAAGAAACAGCAAUCAAUAUUGAUACUGAUGGACUUAAUUCUCUAAAUUAUACUGUCAAAGAGAUUUUGAAGGACAAAAUGUACACUUUUAUCACUGUGGAUGUCCAGGCUCCACCAGUUUAAAUACCGACACUAGACCCCUGUCUUAACUGGAGUUCAGACGUUUUAACUUGGAAUGGUGGCAGUCAUAGAUUUGUGUUUAUCUUUUUAAAAGCAGCUAGAAAAUGU